GGAGGGAGCUGCCGAGAGCCGGCGCCGAGCGGAGCCCGAGCGGAAGCCCACCCGCAGCCGACACGCGAGCCGCUGCCGCGGAGGGAGGUGCUGAGAGCGCCGCGGCUGCGGGGCCUGGAGCCCGGGAUUCGUGGGCGGCGAGAGUGCGAGGGGUCGCGCGCCAUGCUCCGGGCCCCGACGGCGCGGACGCCCCCUUGCGCGCCCGCGGCCGGCGCGACCCGGGAUCCCGGUCUGGGCAUUGCCCCCCGACGGCUGCGCUAGGGAGCGCGGGGCCCGGCGGGGGGCGGCCGAGCUGGGCGCCCUCCCCCGGCGCGGAGUCCCCGCACCCCGGAGGGAUGGGGCCAGCAGCCGCGGGCGCCUAAGAUGCCGGCCAUGCGGGGCCUCCUGGCGCCGCAGAACACCUUCCUGGACACCAUCGCUACGCGCUUCGACGGCACGCGUGAGUCCGACCCUCGCCCACUUGCACCCGGGCCGCUGGACCCUCGCCAGGGCUCCCGCCUGCCCCGAACCCCCAGCAGCCCAGCUUGGCGCCCGCCUGUUCUCAACCUCUCCUCCCUACCCGCCCCUCUUGAGGCUGGGGCCAUCGUCUCCUGCUAGGCGCCGUUCCCCCGAAGGUUCGGGGUCAACACUGCUUCAGGCGAGGCAACAGGACCAGAAGUCCCUGGGUGUGGGUCCUGGGAUGCUCUCUGUUAGCUGGGUCUCGAACCCGAACCUGGUCAGUCUGACCCGUCCCAUCCCUGCGUCUGGCGCUGUCGCAGCAACUACCCUCGGACUGGCGGGGUAAGGCGAGGCGGGUGAGCAGUGCUCAGGGACAGCUGAGAGGGCUCAAAAAACAGAUUUAGAAAAGAGAUUUGCAAACGGAGAUAGAGUAGGCGGGACUCGGGAGAGCAUGGUGUGUCCAAGCCCCGUGUGUCAUAGCCUGAACCCCCUAGACUUGGGGAGGCCAUCUAGCCCCAAGAAGAUGGUCUGGGGACUCCCAUCAGGACUGGCGAAGUUUGGAGAAGGCGCCCCAAGCUCUGGAUCCCCGGUUCCGGGGGUCUGAGCACAGGGGAAGUGGUGAAAGCCCCUCCCCCCUCCUCUCCCUCACAUCCCCCGUGGGGCUUCCCAGCUCUCUGCCUAGGUCCUCCUUGGUCUCCGGUUCCUGAUAGGAGGUGGGAGCCCAGCACUGAGCUCUCCCUCCUCUGGGCUCCUCCAUCUGCUUUGCCAGUUUGCUUGGCUCCUGCAGCCUGCUGAUUCAGUGCCCCCUACUCCCCAAUACAUUCCUGGCUCCUGGCUCCCGAGCUCAGUCACCAUUCUUACACCCCCAUUCUUGAUCACAUUCACUAAUUCCUGAGCCAGGUCAGGCAGCUAGGGCUAAAACACAGACAGCAGGAUGUAUGGUGGUCUGGGGUUGACUCCCAGUCUAGGUGUGUCCCAGUGGGAGGAGCCAGACAGCCAACCUGGGUACCUGGCUAGUGGGUGAGCCUGGCAGAAGUAGAGGUGGGGCUGAGGCUGGCCCAGAGCUGGCAGUGCAGUCCUUGUUAGGGAAUCCCCAAUCCCAGCCCUUACCCCACAUUGCUCAGGACACCCUCCAGAGGGCACAGUGCCCGUACAGCGCUUCAUUCACUGACCUCAGUUCACACGUGCUGAUCCUUGAAUGUACUCACACCUGCUUCAGGGCACUGACAAACAGGUGACACACACUGAUUGCCAUUCAUAAACAGCCCUGCCGUAACACACACAGGAUUCCUGGGGUUUGGAAAACCCACUCUUUGGUUGCAGACAGUAACUUCGUGCUGGGCAACGCCCAGGUGGCGGGGCUCUUCCCCGUGGUCUACUGCUCUGAUGGCUUCUGUGACCUCACGGGCUUCUCCCGGGCUGAGGUCAUGCAGCGGGGCUGUGCCUGCUCCUUCCUUUAUGGCCCAGACACCAGUGAGCUCGUCCGCCAACAGAUCCGCAAGGCCCUGGACGAGCACAAGGAGUUCAAGGCUGAGCUGAUCCUGUACCGGAAGAGCGGGCUCCCGUUCUGGUGUCUCCUGGAUGUGAUACCCAUAAAGAAUGAGAAAGGGGAGGUGGCUCUCUUCCUAGUCUCUCACAAGGACAUCAGUGAAACCAAGAACCGAGGGGGCCCUGACAGAUGGAAGGAGACAGGUAGUGGCCGGCGCCGAUAUGGCCGGGCACGAUCCAAAGGCUUCAAUGCCAACCGGCGGCGGAGCCGGGCUGUGCUCUACCACCUGUCCGGGCACCUGCAGAAGCAGCCCAAGGGCAAGCACAAGCUCAAUAAGGGGGUGUUUGGGGAGAAGCCAAACUUGCCUGAGUACAAAGUAGCCGCCAUCCGGAAGUCGCCCUUCAUCCUGUUGCACUGUGGGGCGCUGAGGGCCACCUGGGACGGCUUCAUCCUGCUCGCCACGCUCUAUGUGGCUGUCACCGUGCCCUACAGCGUGUGUGUGAGCACAGCACGGGAGCCCAGUGCCGCCCGCGGCCCACCCAGCAUCUGUGACCUGGCUGUGGAGGUCCUCUUCAUCCUUGACAUUGUGCUGAAUUUCCGUACCACAUUCGUGUCCAAGUCGGGCCAGGUGGUGUUUGCCCCAAAGUCCAUUUGCCUCCACUACGUCACCACCUGGUUCCUGCUGGAUGUCAUCGCAGCGCUGCCCUUUGACCUGCUGCAUGCCUUCAAGGUCAACGUGUACUUCGGGGCCCACCUGCUGAAGACGGUGCGCCUGCUGCGCCUGCUGCGCCUGCUUCCACGGCUGGACCGGUACUCGCAGUACAGCGCCGUGGUGCUGACACUGCUCAUGGCGGUGUUCGCCCUGCUCGCGCACUGGGUUGCCUGCAUCUGGUUUUACAUUGGUCAGCGGGAGAUCGAGAGCAGCGAAUCCGAGCUGCCUGAGAUUGGCUGGCUGCAGGAGCUGGCCCGCCGACUGGAGACCCCCUACUACCUGGUGGGCCGGAGACCAGCCGGAGGGAACAGCUCUGGCCAGAGUGACAACUGCAGCAGCAGCAGCGAGGCCAACGGGACGGGGCUGGAGCUGCUAGGCGGCCCGUCGCUGCGCAGCGCCUACAUCACCUCCCUCUACUUCGCACUCAGCAGCCUCACCAGCGUGGGCUUCGGCAACGUGUCCGCCAACACGGACACUGAGAAGAUCUUCUCCAUCUGCACCAUGCUCAUCGGCGCCCUGAUGCACGCGGUGGUGUUCGGGAACGUGACGGCCAUCAUCCAGCGCAUGUACGCCCGCCGCUUUCUGUACCACAGCCGCACGCGCGACCUGCGCGACUACAUCCGCAUCCACCGUAUCCCCAAGCCCCUCAAGCAGCGCAUGCUGGAGUACUUCCAGGCCACCUGGGCGGUGAACAAUGGCAUCGACACCACCGAGCUGCUGCAGAGCCUCCCUGACGAGCUGCGCGCAGACAUCGCCAUGCACCUGCACAAGGAGGUCCUGCAGCUGCCGCUGUUUGAGGCAGCCAGCCGCGGCUGCCUGCGGGCACUGUCUCUGGCCCUGCGGCCCGCCUUCUGCACGCCGGGCGAGUACCUCAUCCACCAAGGCGAUGCCCUGCAGGCCCUCUACUUUGUCUGCUCUGGCUCCAUGGAGGUGCUCAAGGGUGGCACCGUGCUCGCCAUCCUAGGGAAGGGUGACCUGAUCGGCUGUGAGCUGCCCCGGAGGGAGCAGGUGGUAAAGGCCAACGCCGAUGUGAAGGGGCUGACGUACUGCGUCCUGCAGUGUCUGCAGCUGGCUGGACUGCACGACAGCCUUGCGCUCUACCCCGAGUUUGCCCCGCGCUUCAGCCGUGGCCUCCGAGGGGAGCUCAGCUACAACCUGGGUGCUGGGGGAGGCUCUGCAGAGGUGGACACCAGCUCCCUGAGCGGCGACAAUACCCUUAUGUCCACGCUGGAGGAGAAGGAGACAGAUGGGGAGCAGGGCCCCACAGUCUCCCCAGCCCCGGCUGAUGAGCCCUCCAGCCCCCUGCUGUCCCCUGGUUGCACCUCCUCAUCCUCGGCUGCCAAGCUGCUAUCCCCACGUCGAACAGCACCCCGGCCUCGUCUAGGUGGCAGAGGGAGACCAGGCAGGGCAGGGGCUUUGAAGGCUGAGGCUGGCCCCUCUGCUCCCCCACGGGCCCUAGAGGGGCUACGACUGCCCCCCAUGCCAUGGAAUGUGCCCCCAGAUCUGAGCCCCAGGGUAGUAGAUGGCAUUGAAGACGGCUGUGGCUCGGACCAGCCCAAGUUCUCUUUCCGCAUGGGCCAGUCUGGCCCGGAAUGUAGCAGCAGCCCCUCCCCUGGACCAGCCCCAGCUGAUAACCCCAUCCUACUACCCACAGAGAGUGGCCUGCUCACUGUCCCCCAUGGGCCCAGCGAGGCAAGGAACACAGACACACUGGACAAGCUUCGGCAGGCGGUGAUGGAGCUGUCAGAGCAGGUGCUGCAGAUGCGGGAAGGACUGCAGUCACUUCGCCAGGCUGUGCAGCUUGUCCUGGCACCCCAUAGGGAGGGUCCAUGCCCUAGGGCCUCAGGAGAGGGGCCAUGCCCAGCCAGCGCCUCCGGCCUUUUGCAGCCUCUGUGUGUGGACACUGGGGCAUCCUCCUACUGCCUGCAGCCCCCAGCUGGCUCUGUCUUGAGUGGGACUUGGCCCCACCCUCGUCCGGGGCCUCCUCCCCUCAUGGCACCCUGGCCCUGGGGUCCCCCAGCAUCUCAGAGCUCCCCCUGGCCUCGAGCCACAGCUUUCUGGACCUCCACCUCAGACUCGGAGCCCCCUGCCUCAGGAGACCUCUGCUCUGAGCCCAGCACCCCUGCCUCACCUCCUCCUUCUGAGGAAGGGUCUAGGACUGGGCCCCCAGAGCCUGUGAGCCAGGCUGAGGCUACCAGCACUGGAGAGCCCCCACCAGUGUCAGGGGGCCUGGCCUUGCCCUGGGACCCCCACAGCCUGGAGAUGGUGCUUAUUGGCUGCCACGGCUCUGGCACAGUCCAGUGGACCCAGGAAGAAGGCACAGGGGUCUGAGUACCAGCCCUAGAAUGCAGUGUUGCCAGGCGUGCUGCCAUCUGCUGUUCAGCCCAACCUCAGAGUGAAGACAGGGUGGCGGCCACCCCAUGGACUCCAUGUGGCCCGCUGGCUCAGGGCAGGGAGCCUGGAAGCAAAGGAGGGCCUGGCUCCUGACUCUCAGAGAGGGUGGGCUGGAGCCCUCGGGCAGGCCCCUCCUCAGCCUGCUCCUCUGACCUCCCGGUCUCCCUCUGCAGGCUGGGGGCAGAGGCCUGAGGACAAGGAAGGGCUUUGCCAUCCCGUGCAUGUGCCCCUGCCUCUACCUGUCCCAAAUUUUUAUAUUAAAAAAAUAAUAAUAAAAGAAACUACUUUGGAACUUG